AUGGACGUGCGCGAGACCGACGCGGCGCUGACGUUCACCGCGGACGUGCCCGGGGUCAAGCUCGAGGACCUCUCGGUCGAGGUCGACGAGCGCGAUCGCGUGUUGAUCGUGAGAGGAAAGCGCGAGGAGACGACGGAGGAGGACAGGACGUAUCAUCGCCGCGAACGGCACUUCGGGUCGUUCGAGAACCGAUACGCGCUGCCGUUCAACGCGGAGUUGGAUGCGAUCGACGCCAAGGUGGACCACGGCGUGUUGAAGAUCACGGUGCCGAAGCGGAGACCCAAAGAA